AUCCAACAUGGAGCGAAAGGCGGGGUCUGAAUGCCAUCCCAGGGACAUGAAGACAUCGCAGUCUUCAUCACUUCCAGUCGUCCCCUUAAAACAGGAAUAUCUCUUACAACUAGAGGCCGAACUCAAUAAUUCCUCCAGUAUGACGCAGCCUGUCGGUAUAGGGCCACAGGGCCUUCGGACAGUUUCACCACCUCCUUCUCUAACGUCAGUAUCAACCAAGCAAUCUAGCUCCUCUAGCCCACGGAAUCCAAGCGAUUCUGCAUACCGUGCACGGACGCUAUUCCGUGCAGGGAUACAUGUCGACGUGACCGAUCCUCGACAGGUACAGAGCCACAUUGACUUUACUCUGGAAGAAACACCUCCGGCGACCUUGGCCACAAUCAACAAUCUAGCAUCGAAGCUCCAACGCGAGUCCAUGGACUUGACCGCAGCGCAAGCCGGAGCAACCGAAUGGACGGACCUAAUUUAUGAGAUCCUGAAAGAGAUGAAGUCCACAGAUGUAAUGGUUGCUAGAAACAGGGGUAUAGACUCCAAUAUGAAAACCCCCCAGGUUUUCGAUUGGCGACCCGAUCUUAAACCUGAAGUGCGUCAACCGUUCAUUUCAAUUCCGCAGAAGCGACAGCGCGACCAGAUGAGAGACAAAACAUCAGAAGAUUCUCAUGUACCCGCGGGCCCAGAAGCGCCAGCACCCUCCACACAGUUGGCUGAUUCACCGCUGUUAGGUAGAUCCCAGGAAUCUACGUCUGCGAGCCAGUUACUUUUGGGCCCAUUGUCAUUGAAAAACCCUCGUCCCGACAUAUCAGUAGGGCUUUCAGACCAGGCGUUCGCACUUGCAUUGCGCUCCACUCACAGGGAUGGUGCAGACUUUUUCUUGAAUGAUCUCCAGGAGACUGGCUUACUCAUUAGUGACCCUGGGGUGACUCCGUUAGGUUUACGGUUUCCGUUUCUUCUCAUCGAGGCCAAAUCAGGUGCCACCGGUGGUAACCUUUACCAGGCCCAAAAUCAGGCCGCCGUAGGCGGUGCCUCAGCGAUCAACAUCCUAAAUAAGGUUUUCCUGGCAAGUGAGACACCGUCGCUGAAUGCGGUGGGUUCGGAUGUUACGCUGCUUACCUUUUCCACAGCUAUAGAAGGGCCCAUAUGUGUGCUAUGGGCACAUUUCUGGGAUGUGGACGAGCAAAAUUAUUGCAUGGCUAAUGUUGGCGUUUGGCGGACAACACAUGCGUACAGUGCGUUCGAUUUCGUUUCCAAGAUUUCGAGGGUCCUAAAUUGGGGCACUGGGAAAUUGAAAGACACAAUAGUCGAAAGGCUCACCUCUGUUUAGGCGCGACACUAGUCAAAUGGCUGUAGUUCAUGUACUAUUUUAUGCUAGG